AUGCCCCUAGCAGAAGACACACCGUACGGUGCUGCACGGGCACCUCUGGCAGGAGUUGAUCCACCAUGCAAAGCCCCAGGGAGGGAAACGGAAGGAAAUGGGGUGCCAGCAGCAGAUGCAUUACCACCCAUGGCAGGAGAUGGGGUGCCAGCAGCCCAUGCAUUACCACCCAUGGCAGGAGAUGGGGUGCCACCAGCUGAUGCAUUACCACCCAUGGCACGAGAUGGGGUGCCAGCAGCAGAUGCAUUACCACCCAUGGCAGGAGAUGGGGUGCCACCAGCUGAUGCAUUACCACCCAUGGCAGGAGAUGGGGUGCCAGCAGCAGAUGCAUUACCACCUAUGGCACGAGAUGGGGUGCCAGCAACAGAUGCAUUACCACCCAUGGCACGAGAUGGGGUGCCAGCAGCAGAUGCAUUACCACCCAUGGCAGGAGAUGGGGUGCCACCAGCUGAUGCAUUACCACCCAUGGCACGAGAUGGGGUGCCAGCAGCAGAUGCAUUACCACCCAUGGCAGGAGAUGGGGUGCCACCAGCUGAUGCAUUACCACCCAUGGCAGGAGAUGGGGUGCCAGCAACAGAUGCAUUACCACCCAUGGCAGGACAUGGGGUGCCAGCAGCAGAUGCAUUACCACCCAUGGCAGGAGAUGGGGUGCCAGCAGCCCAUGCAUUACCACCCAUGGCAGGAGAUGGGGUGCCACCAGCUGAUGCAUUACCACCCAUGGCAGGAGAUGGGGUGCCAGCAACAGAUGCAUUACCACCCAUGGCACGAGAUGGGGUGCCAGCAGCAGAUGCAUUACCACCCAUGGCAGGAAAUGGGGUGCCAGCAGCCCAUGCAUUACCACCCAUGGCAGGAGAUGGGGUGCCACCAGCUGAUGCAUUACCACCCAUGGCAGGAGAUUGGGUGCCAGCAGCAGAUGCAUUACCACCCAUGGCAGGAGAUGGGGUGCCAGCAGCCCAUGCAUUACCACCCAUGGCAGGAGAUGGGGUGCCACCAGCUGAUGCAUUACCACCCAUGGCAGGAGAUGGGGUGCCAGCAACAGAUGCAUUACCACCCAUGGCACGAGAUGGGGUGCCAGCAGCAGAUGCAUUACCACCCAUGGCAGGAGAUGGGGUGCCAGCAGCCCAUGCAUUACCACCCAUGGCAGGAGAUGGGGUGCCACCAGCUGAUGCAUUACCACCCAUGGCAGGAGAUGGGGUGCCAGCAACAGAUGCAUUACCACCCAUGGCACGAGAUGGGGUGCCAGCAGCAGAUGCAUUACCACCCAUGGCAGGAGAUGGGGUGCCACCAGCUGAUGCAUUACCACCCAUGGCAGGAGAUGGGGUGCCAGCAGCCCAUGCAUUACCACCCAUGGCAGGAGAUGGGGUGCCAGCAGCCCAUGCAUUACCACCCAUGGCAGGAGAUGGGGUGCCAGCAGCCCAUGCAUUACCACCCAUGGCAGGAGAUGGGGUGCCAGCAGGAGAUGCAUUGCCACCCAUGGCAGGAGAUGGGGUGCCAGCAGCCCAUGCAUUACCACCCAUGGCAGGAGAUGGGGUGCCAGCAGCCCAUGCAUUACCACCCAUGGCAGGAGAUGGGGUGCCACCAGCAGGUGCUGAAGUUCCUGCGGCCGUGGCAUGGGUGAAGCCGGCAGGUGCUGAAGUUCCUGCGGCCGUGGCAUGGGUGAAGCCGGCAGGUGCUGAAGUUCCUGCGGCCGUGGCAUGGGUGAAGCCGGCAGGUGCUGAAGUUCCUGCGGCCGUGGCAUGGGUGAAGCCGGCACGUGCUGAAGUUCCUGCGGCCGGAUAA